AUGACUUCCUUUUAUAUAAUUAUUCCAUCCAAUACUAAUGUCGAAGGAAAUAGAACUAAUUCUUUUAGAGUUAGAUUACCCCAUAAACUAAAAUUUAAUUCUGAAUGGAAUGUUGGAUUAUCUGUCAUGGUUUAUCCUCAUUCCUGGCCUUCACUUGGGACUACAACUGAACAAACUAUAACAGUUGUUUGGAAAAGUGGUGAGAUUGUUCGUUUAGCGGUACCUUCUAAUAGUUUAACUAACCCUCAAAAUUUAAAACAAAGCCUUGAUAAAUCUCUUAAUGAAGGAAGUGAGAUACUUUCGGAAAAAAUGCGUGGUUGUCAAGUUGAGUAUACCAAUAUAUUAAAGGAAACACGAAGCAAGGCUAAGGAAGAGUACAAAAAAUUAAAAGAACUAAUACAGAGCAGUAAAGAGGUAUCUACAAACGUAACAACUGAAAAACAUGUGAUUAUUCCUGAGGGCGAAAUUCCUAAACUGAGAAGCGAAACAGAGAUUUACAACGAUAUGGUUAAAGCAGAAAUUGACAAAUUGCCUAUAGAAACUAGAAAAAUUAUUGAACUGACUCGUGAAAGUGGCUUUGAACCGUGGAUUACAGUAUAUCGUAAACCAAAAUUUGCAUGUGCCUUUGAGUUUCACUCACAUAAAAAUAGGUUUUCAUUAUUUAUCGACAAGAAGUAUAUAGAACAAAUUGAAAUAAGCGAGCAGCUUGCAUAUAUUCUUGGUUUUGAUUCACAAGUAUUAAAGGAAUCUUGUGUUGCAAAAUUUAUGCCAGAUAUGAGAGGAGGGGUUUCUUGUUUUCACGUUUAUGCCCCAGGCCUAAUUGAACCAAUGAUUAUUGGGGAUAUUACCGCUCCGGUUCUCCGUAUUGUAACCAUUCGAGGAAAUCAAGACGAAAUAAUUGAGGAACAAUUUCUUUCUAUUCAAUAUCAUAAGUUGCUUGUUAAAGAAAUUUCUGAAAUUUUAAUUGAAAUUCGCACAACUAGCGGGUCCUUGAUGCCUUUUCAGUAUGGAACAUGUACAUUAACAUUACACUUUAAAAAGUCUACUUACUUUUAAUAAUGAAUACUAUUCAGAUUGAUAAAAUGUUAAACAGAAAUUCUGUUACCAAAAAAUAUUAUAUCGGUUGUUAUCCCUCUAACUGUAUCCCUUCUAAGUCAACCUAUUCACCUUUCUGUGCGGUAAUUAACAUAGAUCCUAAUAAUUCACCUGGAACACACUGGGUAGCCAUAUUUUGUGAUUCCGUUAAAACUAUUGAAUACUACGAUUCGUUGGGAAUAUGGCCGCCGAUGAGCUCCCAUAUUCGAGAUUAUUUAGAAAAAUUUCAAAGGGUUCGAUUUAAUUCCAUUAAACUUCAGGGUAUGUUUUCGCGCUCGUGUGGCCACCAUGCAAUAUUUUAUCUCUAUAUGCGCUGUUC